AGUUUAGUUCUUUUACAUUUCUGUAAUAAGCCUUCACACUCUUUCUUCUUCUUCUUCCUUAUAUAUUUUAUUUAUUUAUUCCUUUCCUUUUUCUUUUCUUCUUGAUAUAUAUACACACAUAUAUAUUUAUAUAUAUACAAAUAUAAGUUCAGCACUCAAACUUGCUAAUCACUCUUUUUCUUUUUUACAAUUUAAACAGCAAAACAGAGACAGUAACAAAUAAAACAUGACAUCACCAAGCAAUGGAAAUGGACUUCAUAGAAGACUCUCAAAUCAUCUUCAAAGGCUUAACCUUAAUAACACAGAAUAUAAUGUUCUAAAGUCAUCUAAUAUUUCCGAGAAUGAUAUGGCACGUAGUGAUCCAAAUAAUAAACCUUCAGGAUCAUUCGUAUCAAGAACGUUAUCACAAAAUAAUGCAAAAAAGGGCAGAUCCCAUUCAACAGGACGUACUAAAUUAAAUCGAGCACAGAGUGAACGCACACCAAAUACGGCAUCCCAUUUACAGAUAAAAUAUUCUGCUUCCCCUACUCAUAAUAACAGCAUGAAUGCAUCAUCACCGCCUAAAGAAUUGUUACCAAAAGGAUCAAUGGCAAGAGAUAGAUCCACAUUUAAAGGUGUAUUUGAUAAAUUUGUUGGUAGCUUUAAUGACUUAAUUAACAAGGAUAAACAAUCAAAUCAGGAACAAGAGAUGGAGAUAUCAGGUCCUUACAAUACUAAACAUGUUACACAUGUAGGAUUUGAUGCAAAAACUGGAGAAUUUACUGGUUUGCCUCAAGAAUGGCAGACGCUUUUGCAACAUUCCGGUAUAUCAAAAGUGGAACAAUAUCAAAAUCCUCAAGCAGUAUUGGACGCUAUUGGAUUUUAUCAAGAGAAUAGAAAUCAUGAUGAAUCAGUUUAUCACAAGAUGGAAAGAGCUCAUGCAUUAGAAACAGAUGAAGACGAAGAAGAGAUUGAAGACGAACUUGAAAGAGAUACUCUACCAACUCUACAAGAGAAAUCAAAUAUGCAAGGAAAAGUGGAUGAUCAAACACAUCAGCAGCAUAUGCAGCGUCAAACACCAGAGUUUUUAGUUUAUCAACAACGUUUGCAACGAAUUCGUUUGCAGCAACAAAAGGAACAAGAACGACUAGCUCAUGAACAAUUCAAAUCAUCGACCCCUAACCCUCAUGCUGCGCGUGACUAUGAUAUUAAACGCAAAUUGAGUUCGAAGCGACGUGAUAACAAACAUACACAACCUAAAUUGGUGAUGCCUAAGCAAUCAUUAACUGGAUCUCCAGGUACUGUUAAACAACGGGUUAGGGAACGUAGACAUACAAUGAGAGACGAAGAAGUAAUUGCCAAGUUAAGAUCUAUUUGUAAAGAAGCAGAUCCAACUUUAAUAUAUUCAAAUAUGCGAAAGAUUGGCCAAGGUGCUUCUGGUGGAGUAUACAUUGCUUAUUCUAAUGACUGUAAUUUCCCAGUUGCUAUCAAGCAAAUGAAUUUAGAACAACAACCGAAGAAGGAGCUUAUUAUUAAUGAAAUAUUAGUCAUGAAGGAAUCAAAGCAUAAAAAUAUUGUUAACUUUAUUGAUUCUUAUUUGUGGAGAGGGGAUCUUUGGGUUGUUAUGGAAUAUAUGGAAGGUGGAAGUUUAACUGAUGUCGUCACUAAUAACAUGAUGAUGGAAGGACAAAUCGCUGCCGUAUGUAAGCAAGUACUUGAAGGUCUUCAACAUCUCCAUGCCAAAGGGGUUAUUCAUCGUGAUAUCAAAAGUGAUAAUAUUUUAUUAAGUUCAGCUGGUGAUAUUAAACUAACGGAUUUCGGUUUUUGUGCACAAUUGAAUGAAAUGCAGUCUAAGCGUAAUACUAUGGUUGGCACUCCAUAUUGGAUGGCACCUGAAGUAGUGGCACGUAAAGAAUAUGGCUCAAAGGUAGAUAUUUGGUCUUUAGGUAUUAUGGCGAUUGAAAUGAUUGAAGGAGAACCGCCUUAUUUGAAUGAAAAUCCUUUAAGAGCUUUGUAUUUGAUUGCUAAUAAUGGUACUCCAAGAUUACAAAAUCCAGAAGCAUUAUCUGGUGUAUUUCGUGAUUUCUUAAGUAAAUGUCUUGAAGUUGAUGUAGACCGUCGUCCAACAGCAGCGAAAAUGCUCCAGCAUCCAUUCAUAGCAUAUGCUGAUCCUUUAUAUACACUUACUCCCCUUAUUAGAGCUGCUCGUGAGGCUACUUGUAGAAGAGAUAAUUAAAAUGGUUAUCUUUUUC